CAAGGCACAACGCGGCACCAUAUAUUCUACAUUCUAGAAGACAGAGCUCUUACUCUUUCCCAUUGUCUUUUCGGCGCACCGCAGAUAAACGUUAGCAAAAUGGAUUUAGUCGUUUGGUUCCGGUUCUUGUGCUUUUUCUCCAACCUAUGGAGCCUUUUCGGAGGCGAGUUUCAAUGCCUAACUUCUCUACUACCGCCGGACAGCAUAAACUUAAAUCGUGGGUUUCUACCAGGUGCAGCGGCGUUGCAGCUUGGCCGCAAGCGAGCACAGCUGAUGAUGAACGGACUUUCCGCGGAAGUUACGAACUCCAUCGCGGACGGCAUCACGCAAGGUGGUAAUGCGCUCCUGACUACUGUCGGUUUUGAUGCCGGGACUCAGAAUGCUGCGAUGAUGGCCGCGACGGGUGCGGUAUCAGUGACUGCCCUCGCAAACAGCGUCAGUGCGUACCAGACGAUGCAGAUAGCCGCGAGUUUGCGGACACAGAAUAAUCUGAUCGAGCUAUCAUAAGGAAAAACGUCCCCACCUCAGAGUUGUCAUGCAGAUUUGCAUUGACGAGGACAUUUGUGAUGCGCAUACCCAUGGUAGCCAUUUCCAAUCGUGUUUUAGGAAUUUGUGAUGCUGUGAACAGGAUAAGCAUAUGGAUCUGUGAUGCGGCUGCACUUGCUAACCUGCACUACACUAUGGAAUGCAAGUUGUCAUGCGUGACGUCCAAGGCUCUUAGGUUUGUGUUGCAAAAUCCCCAUCUUGACUCUGGUGUGGGGACGUUUUUACUCAGGAUACGAGCAAGGAAACCGGGACCGGCACCGAGCCGCCAACGCUGCGGAACAGGAGGUGGCGCUGGUCGAAAGCCGCGAGCGUGCGAGUGAGAUCCUGGACACGCUCAGCGGACUGAUACUCGAAAACCUCCCGGUACGAAGGACAUGGACAGCCAACAAACCGCAGACGCAAACGAAUGACAAGGACGAUGAAGUGUCAUCAGCGCGGAAUGCGGUACGUGGAGGUGCUUCCACCGAAGAACGGCACUCUAGCACUGCUGACGAACGACCCGCGGCUCCAAAAGUGGAAGCUCAUGUUUUUGUGCACUCUUCUAAUCUGCGACUGCGAUGCCUGCACUCACUCGAGAAAGCCCGUCGAAACGGAAAAAGCGACGGGCACCACUUUCCCCCGGAGCUUUUGCAAGGACGCGUGCACUUUUAUCCCCUGGAGCGUUACGAUGAAGUCAUCCGGGACUUGCAGCAGUCGGGAGAAGCGCAUCGUGUUUUGUUUGGUGAAGAUGAGCUUGCUAAAAAUACGAAUCAAGCAGGUGCUCUACCAGAGGAUGGGCCGGGAAGCAAUUUUCCAGUGACGACCAUGCAGGCAAAGGAAAAGCAGCAAGAGAAGCUCACAAUUGUGUACGUGGCUCCACCACCCAUGCAGCCAGCCUGCUCUGCUCCUGACCCACACGCAGGAGGAAGCAGUGGACUCACUGUCACCUCUUGCGGGCGGCGUGCGAAAGAACCUUGCGAUCAUGCAUCCGGCGUGCGCGAACCUGACACUUGUCCCUUGUUCACAGCAAAACUCUGUUCCAGUGGUUCGCCUUUUUUUCCAGCGAUCAAAGACACGAACUUGGUAGUCUAUGUCGAUUCGCAGACACCGUUCGGACGAAGAAGCACGCCGAGCUUUGUUUAUUUUCGACCCAGCGCCGACUUCCCGCGAAUAAAGCCCCUUAUCGGCGGACUAGGAGCAGGAACGACAAGUAGAUCCGGCGAAAAACAAGCUCGACCAGCAGCGGAUUGCUCUCUUGCAGUAGAGAGUGCUUCUGCAAACAGCGCCGUCCCGCUUCUCCGUCGCUUCGAGAACGCUCACUUUUGUGUCGAAGCCCCGGAUGUCGCAAGCUGGAAGACCGGCGAGUGUCUACAAGAGUUUCGGAGUACCGCGGCGCGCAGCGGUGUGUCGCUCGACGGCAGUUGCAGGCUACAGUGCGUAUUGCCGCCCGUGCACGUGCCGGACGUCCGCUGCCUGGAUGAAGAAGUGACCUCGUGCGAGCGGGUUCUGCGCUACCGGUGGGACUGGGCCCCGGUUCUCGUAAAUGCCCUCGGGAACGGCAUGGCGCGGGUCUGGCAGGCCUGCGCAGCGUGUGGUGCGACCACGAACGACAGCUGCUCGCCAAAAAGUGCGGGAACGGUGUGGACAGAGGCCUUUGUCGUACUGCAAACAAAAAAUGGCGAGUACUACGUCGUGGACUUUGCGGACGCCAGAAAAAGCGACGGCACCAAGGGCAUCCAGAUUCUCGGCCCAUACCAGGAUGCUGAGGAGGCGAUACUCUUUCAAGAUGAAGCAAAGGAGGCCUUGACGUGGACGGAUCUCGGGCAAAUGUGCUGGUACUUCAUGAGCCCCGUUACGUGCCCGUUCUAUGGUCCCUGGGUCGAUCGCACGGUUGGUCUCGGGGACGACACAGAACAGGGAAUAAAGACGAAACCCGAGGCCGAGGUGAGGACAGCUUCUGACUCCGAUAGUACUGCAACGGCGCAGGUGCGGGAGCACGCAGAUGCAGACCAGAGCGCGCAGCUUGGAGGCGCUUGCUUAACGCUGCGCGACCUGGUGACACAGAUGCAGAACUGUGAGAUCAAGGGAGAGACGGCGCCAAAUGAAACAUCAAACACAUUUGUGCACAAACUGGAAAAAAGUUUAGAGCAGUGGCGUGCUGACUCCAGUAAACCAUCCGUGGUAUCAAGACCACUGUCUUAGGCUUGGUUUUGGACAUUGCCGACACCGCCAAAGCGAUGAAGAGAUAUACCCGGUCGUAAAGAAGAAAAUCCAGUAUAAUCUACCAAUGUCUGACAAACGAAAAAAGUAGAACGCUCAUGUGUAUAAAAAGGCUCGCAUACGAUGACAAUGCUGCGUUUGCAAAACGAAAAAACGAAAACGCACAAGCGCUCCAUCAUAUUGAUUUUGCGAAUAAAGAAUAUCGGAAUUAUAAGUUAUACAUGUUGCAAAGUAAAGUAAGUACGACUUUGCAAAAAGUACAGCACGUAU